AUGGAGGUGGGCGUCUGCCGGCUGCGCCACUUCUCCAUCUCGUGCCUGUCUGCGCUGCUGGGCACCGACACCUCCGCCCCGAGCCUCGACGGCAGCUCGUCCGGCGCCAGCAUCGUCGCCAUCGACAACAAGAUCGAGCAAGCCAUGGAUCUCGUCAAGAGCCAUUUGAUGUACGCCGUCAGGGAGGAGGUGGAGGUCCUCAAGGAGCAGAUCAAGGAGCUCGUCGAGAAGAACAGCCAGCUGGAGCAGGAGAACAGCCUCCUGAAGACGCUGGCCAGCCCCGAACAGCUGGCCCAGUUCCAGGCCCAGCUGCAGACCUCUUCUUCGCCCACACCCUCCCAGCCGCAAGGGACCGGGCAGCCCCAGCCGCCGCUACCGGGCUCGGGGCCUUCGGCGUAG